CUGGCCCUUUAAUGCUCGCGAUGUAAGUAUAGAGACUAAAAGAAGUGUCUGAUAUUCUGGGAUCCAUCCUGAUAUAUUGUACAUUAUUACCUUGAGGAAGGCAUAUGAAGAAACUCCAAUGACCAAAAAAUCUUUUACAGACCUCACACCAAAAAGUUUGGAAGCUGACAGUGAGCAGAAUGAUGACAUUGGAUUUCAGCUUUUUGCGAUACUGGAAGAGAUUCAGAGUUUGGACCACAUGGUCAGAAAUUUGGAAGAUAAAAAGAAGUGCUGUCAAAAGAUGACCUCCAGGCUGCCAGAGAUGACUGUUGAAACUGGGAGGCUUGAGUGUCACAUAGUGGAAAGCAGUGAAAUAAGUGCAAAACUGUACACAGAGUUAGGUAGGGUUAAUGGGUUUAAAGCAUGUGAAUGUGAGCUGAAAGAUGUGGAGGAGCUAAUGCAAUUAAUAUUGGAGGAAAUGUGCCCAAAGAACACUUUGCCAAAAAUAAAGGAUGAUCAAGAUGAAGAGGAGUGCAGUGAGCACUUCUUUCCUGAUGUUGUACUUCAAGUUUGCAUCAAGGACAGGACUUUGAAGGAAUGUCUAGAAAUAAUUUUCAGUGAAUUUGAAGCACUGAAACUAUAUGCAGAAAGACUUGAAAAGGAUAAGGAGGCAAUUCAAAUUGAGAAACAGCAUGCAUUGAAACUACUACACGACGCUAAUGAAGCCAAUCUUAGAAUGAGUGAGGAGCUUUGUGCUUUGAAGCAACAGAAAGUGGCAGCAGCAGUAGAUCUCAUCGCCCCAGAUGAAUUACAACAAGAUCUUGAAAAUGCAGUGGAGGCAAAACUGGAGGAGAAAGAGAUGAACCAAAAAUUAGAGGACAUGCUUGUGCGUAUAACAGAUACCAUUACAGUUAUGUAUCAGACAUUGAAAAGUAUAAAAUAGAGAACCUCCUGAAAGAAACUGCAGGAUGGGGAAAACAGCCCUGGUCUGAUGGAUCCUAUGGGGGUCUGAUGUUUUUUCUCAGCUUUAUUUCAGAUGUCCACAUAGUUUUAAAAUGAUCAGCACUCUGAUCAUUAUACACAUAGAAGGCCUUAAGUGUUUUUAGUAUGACAUAAGGAAGCCAGCCGGCCUCAGUAGGUUGUUUGAUGUAGACUGAAAAGAAUAUUCUAUUAGCUGUUACUAAAGACAUAGUUUAACUACUCAGUGAGGCGAGGUCCAAAGUUUAUUAGCAAGUGAUGGCUAUGGUGACGUACUGACUGCAGUAACUAAAAUGUCUUGACAAGUUUUGCUUCAGAGAAAAGUCAGUAGGCUUGGGAAGAGAAACAACUGUUGUUGAUUGAACACCUAUUGCAUGUGUUGUGCGUUUCAUGCCUUUAUUCUGGUGGAAAUCACUUCCUGCUGAUGAAUCAUAAAAUAAUUCCGAAACAACCAAUAAAGACUUCAUUUAAAAGAUAAGUCAUUAACUAACAUAGGUUUGAUGUUGGUUCAUUGUGUAACAUUUGGUUAACGACUACCAUAGAGUCCUUCUGGCCCCACUAGAUAUUUACGGCUAUUGUAAAAGCAUGAAAAAGACUUAAGGGUGUUGAAGGGACAACCAGUAUCAGGUUAUACGAAGAAGCCUGUCUCACAGUUUUUCUCACAUCUUUUUUCCUAAUCUGUUGUGACUAGGGAGAGGAAAACACGUUCCACACAUUACAAUGAAGGGCAAGGCAACCAGUGAUAAGUUAAUACACUCUUAAGGUUAGGAAAUUAACAUAUAGGUUUUGUCUUUUUUUGCUGAUUUUACUGCUAAAUGUAUUUCAAUACUUUUUAUUCCAUUGCUUCUUGUAUUAUGUGUGUCCCAGUGUAUUUGUA